AUGGUCCGCCUCUCUGCCCUCUUCACCCUGGCUCUCGCCACCGUUUCUCUGGCCACCACCAACUCUCAGUGCCAGAAGGAUUUCAACUCCUGCCGUGUCGGCGCGGAUGCCAACCAAGCUCAGUGCUCCGCUAACCACGCUCAAUGCUGUUCCGACGCUUUCGAUACCUGCCGCAGUGGCCCAGACGCCAACCAGGCUCAGUGUGCCGCUGACAACGCCGCUUGCAAGGGCCAGAACUAA